AUGCCUAACAGGCGCCGGGCCCCCGCUGCCGCCAGCAGCUUUGUCGCCCAACCCCCAUCAGCGGCUAUUCUGGAGAGUGGCAUCACCACCUUUAUGGGUCUGGAAUUCUGCCGCAGCUGUAGCAGUCCCGCCUACAUCAUUGGCAAAUCACCAGCCACCGGCCCAGCUUACCUGGCGCUUCCUACGUCGCUGCUCAAGGCUUGUCCAAAGUCAAACGACAGCAGUUGUUUCUUUCAAACCGCCGCCUCAUCACUUUGUUGCUACUCAUUCCUUCUUUCAGCAUCCAUCUCGAUUGCUCCUCGUCCGCCAUUGCUGAGGGAACCCCGCCUCGGAAUCCAAACACCUGCCUCGAGCAUACGCAAGGCCCCUACGCAAGCUCGCCUCGCCGUCUUCUCUCAAGCUGUCGACGAAUCUCUCCACCGCCCGACACUUGCUUACCAGAGAAAGCAACCGCUUAUAGCUCGCAUCCCGCCUAUUUCGCUCUUCUCCGCAACGCCUCCUCUCCGCAAUAAACAGUCUACCGACAUACAAUAA